AUGGAGUUACUCAAAUCUUUACCAGUAUUCCUUCUGAUCGCAACCACCUUGGCUCAUUACGAGCACGGGUACAGUCUGGACAGCUACGAGGGCUACCACCAGCCACUUCAUGAAGCUGUACAGGAGCACCAUAGCGAAGAGUAUGACUUGGAUUAUCAUUCACAUCCUAAAUAUUCCUUCGACUACUCAGUAAAGGACCCUCAUACUGGCGACGACAAAGAGCACUGGGAGACCAGAGAUGGUGACAAAGUUAAAGGCAGUUACACCUUAGUGGAAACCGACGGCACAAAACGUGUGGUAGAAUACGAGGCAGACGACAAAAAUGGCUUCAACGCGGUCGUCCACAAAAUCGGCACUCCCAAAGAAGAAAUCAAACAUGAAGAGUAUCAAGCAGCACCAAUAUAUGAGGAAUACAAACAAAAACCAGUUUACGAGAGCUAUGGCCAUGAAUAUCAGCAAUUAGAUGGUUUCGUACCGAUUAUUGGCAAUUAUGAACAU